AUGGGAGACAUCCUAGACCUCCUAUUGAGAGAGGACAUCGAGCCAUUCCGUGGAGAUAAGGUGGACAGUCAGGUGUCCAGGGAAAAUGGAGAACCGAACGUUUGGAGAGGCGGCUUGAGGCCGCCACCGUCACUUGUUGAAUACAUCCAUGAUAUUCGCCGCCAUUCCUUAAGGCGUGACUUUAUAUCCAAGCCCGAACGACUGGUCGAGCCUAUUCCACAUACUGUUGCGGUUGGGAUGAAACCAAAAAAGCGCCAUGAGGUCGAACAUCUCUCUCAUUACGUUGCGUCGCUGACCGAGGAUGUAACUGCCACCAGGGGGGAAAAGGUCUCUCAUAUCGUUGAUUUUGGAUCAGGGUUGAACUACUUGGGAAGAACUCUUGCCAGUGCGCCGUAUAAUAAAGAUAUCAUUGCCAUUGAGCGAAGGCAGAAUAAUAUUACAAGUGCAAAGGGAAAAGACAUUCAUGCCAAGUUAGCGAAGAAAACCGUCACCUUGCGGAACAAGAAGGAGUUCAAGGCCAGGCUAAUGGGGAUUGACCCCGACGAACUAGAUUCAAAUUCUGGAGUCUCAACGCCGGACGGUGUAGCAAUCAAUCAGGACGAAGUGGCAACUGUCAUAGAUGUCGUCGAGGAGCCCGAUGCCAAUCCAGGCCAGGCUAGCCCCAAUGGAAAAUCGAUAUUGGGGUGUAUGCAUUACGUCGAACAUGAUAUCCAAGAUGGGUAUUUGGAACCCAUAAUACGCCAUAUAGUCGAACCUUCUAAGGACAUCCCAAUGUCAGCUGUGGAAGAUCAAGAUAAUACCGCAAUCAAAAGCCUCAAGGCGCUCAAUCUCAUGCCAACUGAAACGGCUUUAUCUCCUUCCUCCUCGCAAGUAAUGGUGGUAUCACUGCAUUCCUGCGGUAAUCUGGUCCAUCACGGAAUUCGGUCCCUGGUUAUGAAUCCAUCCGUGGUUGCGAUAGCCAUGAUCGGCUGCUGCUACAAUCUCAUGACCGAACGACUCGGCCCGAUGACUUACAAACUUCCCAUCCUCCGUUCUCUCCAUCCUCGGCUGGAGAAGACAUCUACAGCGUACGAUCCCCACGGAUUCCCUAUGUCGCAAUGCAUGGAGCAGUAUACUCAUGACGGCGGGAACGGGAUCCGGCUGAAUAUCACCGCGAGGAUGAUGGCUGUGCAAGCCCCGUAUAAUUGGGGUCCGGAAGAUAGCGAAAUGUUUUUUACUCGCCAUUUUUAUCGUGCGCUUCUGCAACGAAUCCUUGUGGACUAUGAAGUUAUUCCUGUUCCUGGGUCAGUGCAGGACUCUGCUUCUGGAUUGGCGAAUACGGGUGACACACCGGGAACUCCUCUUAUCGUCGGCUCCUUGAGAAAGUCGGCUUUUGAAUCAUUUUCUGCGUAUACGCGCGCCGCCAUAUCAAAAUUGAUACACGACCCUCAGCAUGGAGAAUCGAUUAGGCGCAAGGUCGCCGGCAUUUCCGAUGACGACUUGAACGAAUACGUUAACAAGUACAAAUUUGCAAAAAAGCAACUCAGCAUCGCAUGGACGUUAAUGGCCUUUAGUGCCGGGGUGGCUGAAUCGAUAAUAGUGACUGACCGAUGGCUCUUCCUGCGUGAGCAAAAGGUGGUGAAACAUGCCUGGGUCGAGCCCGUUUUCGAAUAUGCGCAAAGCCCCAGAAAUCUUGUUGUUGUUGGGAUCAAAAAGUGA